AUGGAGCCCUUUCAAGUGCGCCUCAACUGCUUGGAUCAUUACCAGGCAGUCCCAUCAGAAUUUGAUCCUCCUUUCACCUUCAAGGAUGGGUCCGCGAAAGACAACUUUAGACCCAAAGUUCCGGUAAUUAGGAUAUUUGGAGUAACAGAAACUAACCAAAAAGUGUGCGUCCAUGUACAUGGCGCGAUCCCUUACCUUUACGUCGAGUAUGAGGGUAGUUUGGAGCCGGAACAAGUGGCGCUUGCAACUAGGAAUCUACACGUCUCAAUCGACCAUGCCUUGGCAGCCAGCUACCAGCGCAACGCAAAAGACAAGAAAGCUGUUUUCGUGGCCCAUAUUACAUUGGUAAAGGGAAUCCCGUUUUAUGGAUACCAUGUGGGUUAUCGAUUUUUCUUCAAGAUCUACCUGCUCAGCCCAAUAUAUAUAACGAGACUGGCCGACUUAUUGCUUCAAGGAGCCGUACUAAAGCGCCCUUUGCAACCGUACGAAAGCCAUUUACAAUACAUCCCGCAAUGGAUGUGUGACUACAGCUUGUACGGUUGCGCCUAUAUGAAAUGUAGCAAGGUCAAGUUCAGAUCGCCAGUUCCGGAUUAUCUCGAGCUUACAACUCAAUCCCAUCGUUGGCAUGAUCGAUCGAUCCAACCAGAUUGUAUUUCGGAAGAAUCGGCUCUCCCAAAGCAAAGUAAUUGUGCCCUCGAAGUUGAUGUGCGGGUGCAGGACAUCUUGAAUCGGUUAGAAAUCAAUGAAAGGCCGAUACAUCAUGAUUUUACCGAGCUUCUGAAGCCGAUGACGUCUGAUGAACGAUUGGUCCCAAGUAUGGCUGGGUUAUGGCAGGAUGAAACACGCAGACGGAAAAGAAGGCUUGGUAUCGUCGACCCAGGAAGCAGUCCGUUCACCGCCGAGGACUUGACCUCUCUAUCAGCAGAAACGAGGAGCCAUCUAAACGGGCCGUGGAUCCAUGAGGAAGAGUACCGUGAGAUGGCAUCCGAGAUUGCUGCGGCUGAGAAGCGCCAAAUGGGCACCGAUGACAUCACCUUUGACAAUGUUCUAGUGAAGAAACCCUUCGAGGAAAAUAUCAAGACCGUUCUGGAAAGUGUUGGGGACUUCUUCGCAGACCAAAUUGAACUAUCGAGUGCACACGGCCCCCAAGACCCAGAUAUAGGAGUCCAAUAUGGCACUAUUCUUCAGGAUAAUGUGGUAGAGUCUGAUGAUGACUCUUACUGCUCGGACGAUAACGAUAUCGUGGACUUGUUCUCUGAAGAGGAGGAUGGCGCAGAAGAAAUCGAUGUUGCCCAUGAUCCUUUUGGAAAUAUAAUCCAUGACGGACCUUUCCCCUUCGAAGAAUCCAUACAAAAUAAUCAGUUUCUGACGCCAAAAAAAGAUGGGCCACUUGGGACACUCGGUAAUUCAUCCACCAGGAUAGAGGACAUCAACUCUCGAGAAAACAUCAAUGCGGGCAUUCAAAGUGCAACAAGAUCUCUCAAGCAGACUAAUUCUCACUCCCUCGAUACUCAUAUGUCAGAAUUGGCGUCCUCGAUCUAUGAAACGUUUAACAUCCCUCCGAGUAGCCGAAUUCGUUGCUUACGGCUUCCCUGCCCGAACCCGAGCGAUAUUUUGUCUUCUCUCAAUGAAUAUGGUUACCCUUCCGUUAUCUACAAGAAGGCCCAUUAUGGCAACGUGGCUGAUGUCCCCGACCGACCUCGCGAUUACGCGGGUAGAGAGUUCCGACUGGAAGGUAGCGACAUUCAUUAUCUGCCUGAUUUUGACCCGUCAGGACGUUCUUUCGCAAUGAUGGGAGAGCAACCACCGGUUGUGAAAGACAGAAAUGCGCAAGAGGAAGUUGACCGAUUGUUGCGCGAGUCCUCUACCAGCAGGGUCUGGGAGUUUGCUCCUGUACCCCCAAGUCGUGCAGAGGUUAUUAGUUGGUUUGAGAAAGAACAGUCAGAAAUCAAGGCCAAACACACAGAGUCAAAGGAGUCGAACCUUGACAUGAAGCCGAAUGUUCUUUCACAGAUCGAAGGUCCUACCCAGAAGAACGAAUAUGGGUUCAAGUAUUCGCAGAAAGAGAAAUCAACCAGUGUUGAGCAACAGAAUCAGUAUAUGAGUAUCAUGAGCUUAGAAGUUCAUGUCAAUACACGCGGUGUGCUCUCGCCGAACCCCGAGGAAGACGAGAUCUCUUCCAUAGUUUGGUGCGUGCAGUCGGACGAUGAGGAUCUUGACGUCAAUAGCCACAUACCCGGUGUCCAUGUCGGUAUGGUUGUACAGAGCGAGGUGGAAAGACCCGACAUCAAAAUUUCAAAAGCCGUUAAAAUUGACUUGGAGCAUGAGCCAAGCGAGCUUGACUUGAUAACUCGGCUGGUGGACAUUGUCCGCUGGUACGAUCCUGACAUUAUCACCGGCUAUGAGGUACACAACGGCUCGUGGGGUUACGUGAUCGAAAGAGCAAGAAAGAAGUAUGAGCUCGAUAUAUGCGAUGAGUUGUCGAGAGUGAAAUCGCAAGCACAUGGCAGAUAUGGCAAAGAUGCCGAUCGAUAUGGGUUUAACCACACGUCUUCUAUCCGAAUAACCGGGCGACAUAUGAUCAAUAUUUGGCGAGCAAUGAGGAGUGAGUUGAACUUACUUCAGUACAGCAUGGAGAAUGUUGUAUUCCAUCUUCUGCAUCGCCGGAUUCCACAUUACUCCUUCCGUGAACUCACAGCAUGGUACCAAAACGGCAAACCUCGAAAUAUUAUGAAAGUUGUCGACUAUCUCGUUUCUCGUGUCCAGAUGAACAUUGAAAUUUUGGGUUCUAAUGAGUUGAUACCAAGGAUAAGUGAGCAGGCUCGAUUACUUGGGAUAGACUUUUACUCGGUCAUCUCACGAGGAUCCCAGUUUAAGGUCGAAUCUCUGAUGUUCCGCAUCGCGAAGCCCGAGAAUUUCUUACUCGUGUCCCCUAGCAGGAAGCAAAUUGGCCAACAGAAUGCGCUGGAAUGCCUUCCAUUGGUUAUGGAACCUCAGAGUGACUUUUACACCAGUCCGCUCAUAGUUCUGGAUUUCCAGUCAUUAUAUCCUAGUAUUAUGAUCGCCUACAACUAUUGCUAUUCCACCUUUCUUGGACGAGCGCGACAAUGGAGGACCAGGGACAAAAUGGGGUUUAUGGACUACCAACGACAGUCAGGACUACUCGAGCUUCUCAAAGACAAGAUCAACAUUGCUCCAAAUGGCAUGAUAUAUGCAAAAUCGGAGGUCCGCAAAUCGCUUCUUGCGAAGAUGCUUGCUGAAAUCCUGGAGACUCGUGUCAUGGUGAAAACUGGUAUGAAGAUGGACAAAGACGACAAAACUUUGCAGCGUCUCUUGAACAACAGACAACUAGCCCUCAAACUCAUAGCGAACGUCACAUAUGGCUACACCUCUGCCUCAUUCUCUGGACGAAUGCCCUGCUCCGAGAUUGCCGAUAGCAUCGUUCAGUCGGGAAGAGAGACGCUCGAAAAAGCUAUCGCUUUUAUCCAUUCUGUGGAACGAUGGGGCGCCGAGGUCGUAUACGGCGACACGGACAGUCUUUUCGUAUAUCUUCGCGGACGUACGCGUGACCAAGCCUUCGACAUUGGCGAAGAGAUUGCCAAAGCCGUCACCGAAAUCAAUCCACACCCGGUCAAGCUCAAAUUCGAAAAGGUCUACCAUCCCUGCGUGCUUCUCGCCAAGAAACGCUACGUCGGCUUCAAAUACGAACACCGCGACCAGAAAGAGCCCGAGUUCGACGCCAAGGGCAUCGAAACCGUCCGACGAGACGGCACCCCGGCGGAGCAAAAGAUCGAAGAAAAAGCACUGAAGCUCCUCUUCCGCACCGCCGACCUCAGCCUCGUCAAAAGCUACUUCCAGAAACAGUGCACCAAGAUCCUGCAAGGCAGAGUCUCUAUCCAGGACUUCUGCUUCGCUCGCGAGGUCAAACUCGGCACCUACAGCGAACGCGGCCUCCCUCCGCCCGGCGCCCUGAUCAGCACCAAGAAGAUGCUCGAGGACCCGCGCUCCGAACCCCAGUACGGCGAACGAGUCCCCUACGUCGUCGUCACCGGCGCGCCCGGGUCCCGACUCAUCGACCGCUGCGUGCCCCCGGAGACCCUCCUCCACGACCCCCAACUCGACCUCGAUGCCGAAUACUACAUCACGAAGAACCUCAUCCCGCCCCUCGAACGCAUCUUCAACCUCGUCGGCGCCAACGUCCGCUCCUGGUACGACGAGAUGCCCCGCUUCCAGCGCAUCCGUCGCGUCGAAGGCUCCGCCGUCGCCUCCGGCUCGGGCAAAGACGCCCGCAAGACCCUCGAGUCCUACAUGAAAUCCUCCACCUGUAUCGUGUGCAGAGCCAAAUUGCAAGACGCCGAAGUCCCCGUCUGUCCGGACUGCAUGCGCCAGUCGCACGUCUCUCUGCUGGAUCUGGUGAAUCGGCAGCGCGAGGCGGAGAAGAGGGUUCUGGAUCUGCAUCGGGUUUGUCGUUCUUGUAUGGGCGUUGCGUUCGACGAUGAUGUAAAAUGCGACAGUAAGGAUUGCCCGGUGUUUUAUUCAAGAACUAGACAUAUGGCGAAUUGGAGGCAUACGAAGGCUGUUUUGGAUCCGGUUGUCAAGCUGCUGCAGGAUACGAGUGAGAGUGCUCUAGAAUGGUAG